AUGGAGAAUCGACGCGUCGUGUCAGCCGGCUCGUCUGGCCUUCCACCGAUGCGAUCAGGUAUCCCCAGACCAGCCGCAGCAGCCGCUGCUGCUGCUAAUGGUAGUGCUGAGUCCGCAAUUCCACGCCCGCCAUCGCGCAUGAGCACAGCAGCACCUUCUACUGGUGCAGCAACACGAGUAGCGAGUGGCCCCAUGGGCGCAUAUCGUCCUUCCUCAGCAGCUGGCCGAAGCUCGGUGGGCGGUGCUGCCUCCGCUCCAUCCUCCAUGUUGCUCCGUCAACCGCCAGCAAGUGCGGCACCCACCACGCGAACCUAUUCUGGCCUCGCCAAUCGAAUCAGUACUCUCUCGGCGCGCCCGCUCGACCCCAACACCUCGACCCACAUGCUCGCUGACGAUGUCUCGUCCGCCUCGAUCCUGCUCGACACUUCGAUCGGCGCUGCGCGCACUACAGCAGCUCACAAGCGCACCGUAUCUGCAGCAGGUCUCGGCGCAGAUGAAAGCAUGUCCUUUAGCAGUAACGCCCUCAAGCGACCUCACUUGCGCAAGCUCAGCAUGGACGGUACCUCGCCGCUUCUUCUGCAAGCCGAACUGCAUCCUUCAAGCACACCACGUCCCGAAUCACCCGCCUACGAAAUUGCCGUACUACGAAAUCACUACGAUCAGCAGCUCCUCGCUGAAGAUCGCAAGUACAAAAAAUUGGAACAGGACUACGAAGCAAAGUGCAAAGAGCUUGAUCGAUUCAAUCGUCAACGCGUCGAACUACUUGACGAGUGGGACAAGCAGCAAGAAACCGCUCGUUCAAAAGAAACCGAGUGGACUACCAAAAGGCAGUCGCUCGAACAAGAGCUCGCUAGGCUGCGUAGCACCAAUUCCGAGCUGACUCAUCGAAACGACGAGCUGUCAUCCGACUCUUCCUCGCAGCUCUCUCAGCUCCGGGCCCAAGUCACCUCGUUGCAAUCCGACUUGGCCAAGUCGCAAGCCGAAGCGCAGGCUGCCACUGUCAGAGCAAAGACGUUUGAGGAUGAAGUGGGUGCCAACAAGGCUGAGCUCGAAGACCUGCAGAACGCGCUCGAAGACGAGCAGCGUAUGCGUCUCCAACAGCUCGACGAGGCGCGCCUAGGUGGAGCAGAGCAAAGUGCUAAAAUUGGCCAAGAGCUCGAGAGACAGACUUCGCACUUGCGCAAACUCGAAGCCGAAAAUGCGCACCUAGUGGCCGAAAAUUCAAGGCUUUCCCAUCAUGCGAGCAACGUCGAGCUGCUCAAGGAGGAGAAGCGAUCGCUCGAGGCUAAGCUUCGCACGCUCGAUACGCUGCGUGAUCAGCUUGCUGCCGCCGAAACCCAAAUCUUGGACUUGCAAGAUAAGCAGAACAACUGGGACUCACUGCUUCGAAACGGAUUGGAGACGGACGUUCAAGCUGCCUUUACCGCGGCUGCUAACGCGGAUGGACAACUGCCUUUGCUCACGCCGCCUCAAGUGGUGGAUCGAGAUACACUGCCCAAAUACCUUUCCACUCUCCGCGGCACCGUCUCUGGUCUCGAAGCUCGAUGCAAAGCGCUUUCUGCGACCGUUGAGAAACUUCGAUCUCGAAACUUGACCUUGGAGGAGCAAGCGCAAGACGUCGACGCAAAGGAGCGCAAGACCGCACUAGAGCUGAUCGAAUUGCAAACCACGCUUGCGCGCACUCAAAAGACUGAAACUCGACUCAACGGUGAGAUCUCACAGCUGAAAGCGAUGCUCUCCUCGUACGAACAGGAAGAACAGGCUCACAACUCGACAUCCUACGAUGCAGCGCACACUCGGAGGAUCGCACUGCUCGAAACCGAACUGGAAAAGGCAAGAACCGAGAACAUGGGCUUAGCUGAACAACUCGAGAAGCUUUCCAAGAGUCUGGCUGAAAAGGAGACCAAAUCCGAUUCGACACAAGGCCAAGAGCUAUCGGCUGAGCUCGAACGACUUGAGGCGGAAAAGGCAACGCUAGAAGCCAAGGUGUCUGAGAUGGAGAGCAGCAUGUCGUCUUUGACGCGCCAAAUGGAAUCAAUGCUCAAGGAGAACGAAAGCUUGUGGUUCAGGGUAGGUCGGGGCGAGUUUGAUCAAGAGCGACAGCGGUGUUUGGUUCUGUCUGCCAAUCCGGUUUCGCAAGACUUGGAUCUUCGACGUCGCACGAUGGAUGCUCUGAAAGCGGAAAACGCGUCGCUGCUCGCACGUGUGCAAGAGCUAUCUUGUCUCGCCAGCAACUCUACUUGUGCUACUGCGUCUGCAGUUACUGGCGAAGCGUUGGUCCCGCAGUCGGUGGUCGAGAACCUUCGCUCCGAUCUCACAGCACUGCAACUCUCGAUCGCUUCUAAGGACAAAGCUAUGCUUCGACUCAAGCAAGUCUUCUCGGCGAAAGCCAACGAAUUCCGCGAAGCAAUCCAAUCGCUUUUUGGCUACAAGGUCAAGUUCCUUGAAAACGGCAAGGUGAAACUCACCUCGACGCACAAUCGCUCUUCCAACAGCACCUCGUUGGUGUUUGAGAGCGAAGGUGGCAACGUGGGUAGGAUGAAGUUGAUGGGCGAAGCGCUCAAGUAUCCAGGCUUGGUUGACGUCGCUGGUUUGAAAGAGUAUUGGUUGGCGGAAGGUGGUGUAAGGCAGAGCGUUCCGUGCUUUCUGGCCGCAUUGAAUCUCGAGCUGUACGAGAGCUGUACUAUGGCUGUUAGAAAGCCGAUCUUUGAUCAUCAAGCUCAGGUAGAGGACGAGCAGUGA